AUGCCGGUGAUGACGUCAUGUUGUUGUUGUUUCUCUACCAAAGUCGGCAGCAUUUUGAUCGGCACCAUCAGUCUGGUGGUGUCCUUCUGUGCCGCCGUCGGGUUCUGCUUCGGACUCAUCAACAUUGAGGAAAUGCAACAUCAGCUGAAAGUCAGCGUCAUGAACUACCAAGGAAGUGUCACGGCGAAUGUCACGGAAGAUAGACUGAAGGUGUUUGAUGAUGUUAUUGGACUGCAGACUAUUGUUGAUCAUAUCCAAACUAUCUUUAUAGUCGGUCUCGUCUACUAUGGAAUCUACACCUUUGCUUCGCUUUUUAUGACGUAUGGAUCGUGUACGAGUAUCAGGAUGUUGCUUCUACCUUGGCUCGUGCUGGAGUUCGUCCCCCUUGCAUUCCAGGCCGCCUCCAUCAUCGCCCUCUUCAUGUAUGGCAAAGACGACCCCACUUUGUCCCAAGGAGGAGCGUACAUCAUCUCAGGACUCCUCUGCAUCUUGGCGUUCGUAAUUCACGUGUACUGGUGGAUGUGCCCCGUAGCUCUGUACCAAAGUUUGAAAGAAGAGACCGUGGUAGAGCCGCUUGUACCUCCCUCUCAUCCGAUGUACCCUCCAGCACUUAUGAAGUACUAAGUACAGAAGAAGGUACGAAGCAAGGGAGAAGAAAAAAAAAAGGAAAGGGAAAUUUGGUGUGAUGACGGAGGAAUGGUUGUGAGGAGACUAAAGUACAUGAUUAGGUUAAGGACAAUUAUUGUCGUUUGAAUUAUAUUUUGUCUAUGGUUUUAUAUGUACCUGGAAAAUAUAGUGAAUACACUGUCAGAGAAUUUUGAUGCCACAAAUAUAGACAUAUAUUUUUGUACACAAACA